AUGUUGACGCAGAGGAUAUGGAGCCCUUUUGGGAUUUAUAUAGUCGUUGUUCUCUUGGAUUGUUGUUGGGAAGCAGUAUCUGGACAGCUCUCUUACUCGGUGUCGGAGGAGGUAAACCAGGGGACCUCGGUGGGAAAUCUCGCUAAAGAUCUAAACCUUAAUGUUAACGACUUGGAAGCGCGUAUGUUUCAGAUUGUCAGCGGAUCAAAACGAAAAUAUUUCGAUGUAAAUCUGAAAACGGGAGUCCUUUAUGUUAAUGAAAGAAUAGAUCGCGAGGAGCUCUGUGCGAAGGCUACAAAAUGUACUGUCAGUGUAGAGGCCGUGAUCAACAGCCCCUUGAAGCUUUAUCGUUUGGAGGUUAAUAUAGUCGAUAUAAAUGAUAAUGCACCUUGCUUCCCGGAGAAUUUGCAGUCUCUUAACAUUGCUGAGAGUACUGUGCCAGGAGGGAAAUUUGGAUUUAUUGGGGCGUCAGACCUCGAUGUUGGUAAGAAUGAUGUUAGUACAUACAAGAUAAGUCCGAAUGAGUAUUUUUCUAUAGAGGUUCACAAGGGGGGAGAGAGUGUAUCUGCAGAGCUUGUUCUUCAAAGAGCGUUAAACCGAGAAAAACAAAGCACUGUUAAACUUACAGUAACUGCUGUCGAUGGCGGAAAUCCACCCAAAUCAGGGACAUCUCAAAUUGUUAUCAAUGUUUUAGACAAUAACGACAACGCUCCGGUUUUCAGUAGUUCUUUGUACAAAGCACGGAUUUCUGAAAACCCACCAGUAGGUAAGACAGUGUUAAUCUUGAAUGCAACUGACGCAGAUGAGGGUUUAAACAGUGAGAUAGAAUAUUCAUUAAGAAGUAAAGGUCAGGAUCAUGUUUUAGAUUUAUUUCAAAUUGAUUCUCAAACAGGUGCAAUUACAGUUAUAGGUAAGAUCGACUAUGAAGAAAAUCCUGCGUUUGAGAUUCAUGCACAGGCUAGUGAUAAAGGCACACCUCCAAUGUCAGCUCAUUGUAAAGUACUGGUAGAGGUUUUGGACAUAAAUGACAAUGCUCCUGAGAUUACUGUGACAUCGCUAUUAAACACAGUGAAGGAGGACGCUGAAGUCGGCACUGCUAUUGCACUUGUCUCUGUACUGGACAAGGACGGAAGGAAGAACGGUGAAGUAAAAGCUUUCAUUUCAAAUGAAACUCCAUUUAAAUUGGACACAAAUUAUAAAAACUAUUACUCGUUAGUAGUUGAUGGACCGCUUGAUAGAGAGAGUAAGGCCCAGUAUAAUAUCACUAUCACAGCUACUGAUGAAGGGACUCCAUUUCUCUCCAGCACCAGUAUAGUGACUGUUCAUGUCUCUGAUGUCAAUGACAACCCUCCUCACUUCUCGGAGCCGCUCGUUAAUGUUUAUGUGAAAGAAAACAGUCCAGUAGGAUCAGUUAUUAAAACAGUGACAGCACUGGAUGCUGAUGCAAAUCAAAAUGGUCAGGUGAGCUACUCAUGUAUACAAAGUAACAGUAACUCGUUGCCGUUAACUACAAUGGUAAACAUUAACUCAGAGACUGGUGAUGUAGUCAGUUUGCAGUCUUUUAACUUUGAGGAGUUAAAAACGUUUCAGUUUAAAGUUCAGGCCACAGACUCUGGUGUUCCUCCACUCAGCAGCAACGUGACAGUUAACGUUUUUAUUCUGGAUGAAAAUGACAAUAAUCCAGCUGUUCUGGCGCCCUAUUCUGAGCACGGCUCUGUUAACAGUGAGAGCAUCCCCUAUUCUACUGAAGCGGGAUACUUUGUGGCAAAGAUCAGGGCUGUAGACGCAGACUCUGGAUACAAUGCGCUGCUUUCUUAUCACCUGUCUGAGCCAAAAGGGAACAACCUCUUCCGGAUCGGAACCAGCACUGGGGAAAUCAGGACUAAGAGGAGAAUGAGUAACAAUGACCUGAAAACUCACCCCUUGGUGGUGUUGGUUUCUGAUAACGGAGAACCCUCCCUGUCAGCUACUGUGUCUAUUGAUGUGGUGGUGGUUGAAAGCACAGCUGACAUCCAGACUCAGUUCAGACAUGUUCCUGUUAAGGAGGACAGCUUCUCUGAUUUAAACCUGUAUCUGUUGAUCGCCAUUGUGUCGGUGUCAGCGAUCUUUCUGCUGAGCCUCAUCAGUUUAAUAGCUGUCAAAUGUCACAGGACAGAAGGCAGUUUCAGCAGGUACAGCGCCCCAAUGAUCACCACCCACCCUGACGGAAGCUGGUCUUACUCUAAAGCUACUCAGCAGUAUGACGUGUGUUUCAGCUCAGACACACUCAAGAGUGACAUGGUGGUUUUCCCCGCACCGUUUCCACCUGUAGAUGCGGAGCUGAUCAGUAUUAACGGAGGAGACACUUAUACCAGGACUCAGACUUUACCCAAUAAAGAAAAGGUAAGAGAAAUACGAAAAAAAACAAUGCUCCUCCCAGAUUCAGAGGAUGAUGAUGUUUCUCGGGGCUUUGUUACAAAGAGACGCAGUGCAAGAGUGACUUGUGUGGCGAUCAUGUAUUGUCUGUUUGUUGCCCCUUAA